GCCAACAACAUCGCGUGACGACGCGGUGAAGGACGCUGUCGUCUGCCGCCAAGUCUGGGGCUGCUUUGUUUUUUGUUUUUGUUUUUUCCUGCACGUCGCCCGUAUUCACAUGUGACACUUUCUAGUGACGCGGAUACUCUUUGUGAAUAGGGAGAAUCUCUACGCUUGCAUCCUUCGCGUGAGAUGUCGUUUGGAAACCGACGCAGCGUUCCUGACUCCAGGAAAACUUCCUUCGAAAACCUGGAUGUUUGGUUUCGCACGCCUAGGGUGCAGCUACAGCCAGACCCCAGACGAAGCGAAAGUUGGAAGCAGCUACAUCACUAGCGGGUAUCCAGAUGAAGCGAGGAGUGUUCAUGCUGUCCGUGUAUGCUCCUCGCAUUUCACCAAUAAUGUGUACCUGGAUGAGAACAUCAUGCAAGUGCAACUUGGAUUGACACAAAAAAGGAAAGAGCUGAAACUUGACGCCGUUCCGACAGUGUUCCACGAACAAAGGGAGCCAGCAACUUCGACACUGCAGGCAGCUCGACAGGGUCAAGCGCAAGUGAAGGACCAGGUGCUGCUGAUCCAAGUCCCAUCCAUCCAUGAAACGGCAUCAAACAAUGUACGUGUGUGCACGACAAUUUUGCUGAGAGACCUGUUUUUACACUAAGGCCUUUACUACGCCUCUGACAAAUUAGGAUCUUCCAGAACAGUGCUUUCUUCAUCCAUGUUCAAGAAGUAAAGAGAAUGACUUCAUGGCUUCUACUGACAUCUCACAGCUACAUGCCAAGACAAAAUAACUUGAAAGAAGGAAACGAAAAACAAAGAAGAAAAAAAAGGUCUUUUUCAGGUCCACCCAAAUGUUUGUGCACAGGCUGACAACAGCAACUUUAUUGUGAGAUGAUGAAUGAUGCUGAUGCAGCGUUGAGAUUAAGCCCUUGUUUCCUUUUUUGCAAAGCUAUAAAUUACUGCUGGUUAAAUGUAAAAUGAUGCACCUACCUCCAGACAUUAAAGGGGCUACCAGAGAUGUAGUGCCAAUUCAACAGAAAAGCUGCAUGUUCAACGAGGCACUGUCACAUAAGCAUUGGCCAAAUUUGCUGUCCUGUGAGCUUUGAUAGGAUAUGCCGUAGAUAGUAAGAGGCCUCUUACUGUAAAAGGGAGGUGCAUUAUUCGAGUAGUGGGGUCUGAGGCAUGAUGGUCAUUUCAGGAUGUACUAACCCUUCCAAAAUCUUACACUUGGUUGUGCCCAGAGAUCGAUCCAGAUCCCCCACAACACCCUGAGUUUUUUUCCUGUGUACCACUGUUAUAAUGUAACCGCAGCCUCAAUUUUAUUUUUUUUUUUGCAACACCCCCCUAAGCUUGAGGUUCUCGGUGAACUACUGAUUGUGCGUUUGGAAAAGGUAUGAAGGUGGAACUCGUCUACCCCAUGUUAAUUACCCGAGGUUCAUGAAACCGUCCAGAAAUGUAAGGAACACAAUUAUAGAUUUUCAUUGCAAUUGAAGUACUUACGAAGCUGUUUUUUUGUGAGUCCCCGCUUUAGAUCCCGAGGUACAUUGCCAGUGUGGUGCACGCU